AUGUAUCGAUCUUCCGAAUAUUUUUUGGUCUCACCAAAAGUUAUAUGGAACAGUGGACAACAAACAUUUAAGCCUACAAACCGAGUUAUAAUGCUUAUUGGCUUAGAUCCUAAUAGUACUCCUGGCUUAAUAAUGAAAAGCUUUGAAGCUCAUGGUUUUAAAGUUUCUGUUGACUAUCGACGAGAUGAUACUACAGGUUACGUUCAUUUAAAUUUACAAAUGGCAAAAGAAUUCUCUGCGCAUAUUAUGGCAAAGGGUGGCUUGAAAGUUGGCACCGAGACUGUGAUUCUUCGUGCUCUUGAUGGUAUUGAUGAAGCAAUGUAUUGGGGUGUUUAUGCAGCCACACGAAGUAUAGGUUCAAAGGCUACAAAUCAAUAUAAAACUAAUAGUAAAGCAAGACAUACUAGACGACUUCAUCGACAUAGUCCGUAUUUAACAAAUUUUAAAAACAUUGAAAUCGAUGACGAUAUCGAAGAUCAACAGCAACAACUUUCAAUAAAAUUUCAUCUUAAUAAAUAUGAGACUGAAGAAGUGGAAUGGAAGUUUAAGAAUAUGAGAGUAGUAUCUCCUGAUGAGUAA